UUGGCUCUUUUGACAGUUAGCAUGUUAGCUAGAAGUUGCUAACUAGCCUCUAAGUCCUCAGAUACAAUGUCAGUAAACUAAUCAGCACAAAUAGUUUGUGGAGUUGAAGUUUCUGAACAUCUCACAGCCUGAGGAUGUUUUCAUCUGUCUGGAACUUUGUGAAACGCCACAAAAGGAAGUUUAUUUUCACCGGAGCUUUAUUUGGAGGAGUGUACUUCCUGGGUAAAUAUGCCCAGAAGAAGCUCAGUGACAUGCAGGAGAAGGAGGCGUCAGAUUACAUCUCUCAGGCCAGAAGACAGUUUCACUUUGAGAGCAACCAGAGGACAUGCAACAUGACCGUGCUGUCCAUGCUCCCUCCUCUGAAAGAAGCCAUCACCAAUCAGCUGAAUUCAGAAAGCCUCACUGCACUACUCAAGGAAAAACCAGCCAAUAAGCUGGAGAUCUGGGAAGAUUUAAAGAUCCUCAGUUUCACGCGCACCAUAGUGGGGGUUUACAGCACCUGCAUGCUGGUGGUUCUGCUCCGAGUGCAGCUGAACAUCAUCGGAGGAUAUCUGUACCUCGACAACUCUGUGGGCAAGAGCUCCCCGAGUCCUAUGGCUCCUCCUGAAGUCCAGCAGCAGUACCUGUCCAGCAUCCAUCAUCUACUGGGAGACGGUUUGACAGAGUUGAUAACGGUAGUGAAGAAAGCGGUGCAGAACGCUCUGGAAAGCGUUCCUCUGAAGCAGAGCCUCUCCCUGAUGGAGGUGGAGCAGCAGCUCAGCUGGAUCAGAGCCGAGAUCGAGGCCGGCGAGCGCAACAUGUCCUGGUUCCUGCUCGCUGACGACCAGAACGCCCUCGCUGACCAGGCCUGCGGGCUGACAGAAAACGACGUGGUGACGAUCAGACUGUUGAACGAGACGAGGGACAUGUUCGACAGUCCAGACUUCAGCACCGUCCUGAACUCCAGUUUUAAUCGCGGUUUCUCUCGACUUCUGGAUAACCUCGCCGAGUUCUUCCGUCCGCCGCCCGGUGACUCCGCCCCCUUCGCUGCUUCUGAUAGUCUGUCUGCAGUCAGUCUGCCGCUGGCUAAGAUCAUCCCCAUCAUCAACGGGCAGAUAAACUCCAUCUGCAGUGAGACUCCCAGCCACUUUGUUCAGGACCUGCUGAUGAACGACCAGGUGAAGGAGUUUGCAGCCAACGUCUACGAGACUUUCAGCGCGCCUCAGGAUCUGCAGAAAUAAAACCCAAGCAUUAGGAAAUCAACACGAAGAAAGGAGGGAUGAAAACAGAAAUGAAUGCUGUGGACUGUUCCUCCCUCUCUCCUCCUCUCUGUGACUGACUGCACGACAGAAAUGUCCAAAACAAAGCCUCAGAUCGACAAGAUAUUGAACUCAAGGAGGAUCAAAAGACUUGCAACAGGUUUUUUCUCACCUGUGAUUAACCCUAGGAGUGAUGCAUCAUGGGAAUUGGAGUCCAACUUAACCUGGUAAUGUGGUUGUAUGUACUCUAAGAGGUAAGAAACACUCACAGAGAGAGACUGACAUAAUGUGGUGAAGAAUUGGUCGCCACUAUUUCCAACAAGAUGAAACUUAAACAUGAGUUUAUUUGAACACAGAUUUUAGGAUGAUUUUCUAUCAGCAGUGGUGAGCGUUUCAUGUUUGUUUUCAUUACCAGCUGUUCAGUCUGCACUCGGCUGUGGUUCCAUACUCAAUUAUAACUUUAUCCAGGUGUUUGGGGAUAAGUUAUAUCAAAUAUGUUUUUUUGGUGGUAAUAUUCACCGUUUUCUUAAUUUGACCCUUUUUAUUGUCACAGUUUGGGAAAGUCUGCAGCAGCUUUUGGUAAUUUGAGAUAUUAUUUUACAUUUUAAACCAUGAUUAUGUUGUUUUAACACAGCCAGAUGCGUGGAUUUAUUCCAAAUUAAAUGUGUAAUGAAAACCUAACUUAGCAGAGGUGGGCUUUUAAUGAUCCACGUAUUAUUUUUCAUGAAAAGCCAUUAACAAACUAAUGUGUAGUCGCUGUUUAAAAGCAUCCACAUUAAAAGCAAUACACUUCUUUUGGUGCAUUCAAUAAAAUAGGACAUGCAGACAUAACAUUGUUCCAAAAACACUGAUCUCUGCUCAGAUUUCACGAUCAAUCUGUGUUUUUUGCGAGAAUUCAACCCAUUAAAAGUCAAAAAACGUUUUAGAUGCAGUUCCCUUUUCACCCAGAAGGGGUCGCUCUACUCCAGCACUUGUGAAAAAAAUCUGUCUGCAUUUCCCUCAUGUGUCUUUAUGUUAAGAACUUUAUUUCGGAAAGGUUUCUCCUGUUCUAAGUUUAAAUCAAAUGGUUUGUAUAGCCACAUUGGUUUUCUAUUUUUCUCACAAAUAUUCCUUUAAAAUGAAAUCCUCGUUAACAAACCUGCUUCGACCAAUCAUAUAGGGGUAGAAAAGUGAGAGGUGGAGACACACAGGACUUCUUACACUACUUAAACGUUCUUGCUUUCUUUACUUCAACAUAAAUGCAUUCACAGAUUUGAGCAAAUUUGCAACAAGGACUAGUGCAAUAACUAAAUCACAUUAGAUAAGAUAUGUGAAAAACUGUAGUAGUGUUGCAGAGAGGUCCUGGACUUAAUGAAAAACGCUUUUUUUUUAAAUACAGAUGCUCGUAAAAAAAAUCACACAAAGAUAAUUUUUAUUGAUGUUUCAAAAAUGAUAAUACCGUAAAAGAAUAUUAGACACAAUAAUCGUUAUUUCUUCCUCAUUGUGCAGCCCUGCUUUGUCGCAUUGACUUUAUUUCGCCUGUUUUCAAUUAAUGGAUGUUUUUGUUUGUGUAGUGGAUGCUUCUCUUUCACCACAACUGACAACGUAUGAGUCCACCAUAUUUUCCCAUGUCAUGUCGAAGCGAGAUCUGUUUGUGUCGCGAUGGAAAUGAAGCUCCUAAAAAACACAAACCCUGACUGUUCCUCCAGCUAUGAUAAAGGAGCAAAGUGAAAUAUCUGCCAGAAACCAGUCUGUGGGAAAACCAACGACCUUCAGUCUUUAUCAGAUCUCUCAGUUUCCCUCUGAGGAGACGAGAAAAACAUCCGGUGACUUAUUUUGACAAUUCCUGGAUUACAUAAGUGAGGAGAGAAUGUACAUUUCUGUAAAUGUAAUUAAAAACGUUAUGCCUUUUGCAGCAUAAAUAUCCUGAAUGACAGAAAAAUGUAUGUUUGUAGAAAUGUAUUGAAGAGAUAAUAAAAGUCAAAUGUGAUUUAAUAUAAA